GAGUUUUAUUUCGUUUAAGAAACAACCAGAUUAAAGGCUUACACACAAUUUUCCGUAAUAAAUUACAUUAAAUAGCAGACGAGUUGCAUAAAUCAUUUCUACGUGGACUGUCCGACAAACUCAAUCCAUUUUAGAUGCACAUUCCAGUUGCCGUUUGUAAGAUGCGCAAGUUGCAGAUCCAAGUCCUGACCCGUGACGGUCGCAAAAACAUAUAUGAGACCGAUCGCUCCCGGAACGUGGCCGAUUUAAAGAAGCGCAUUGGUCGCAGCAUGAACGUACCGAUGGCAUUCAGCAGGCUGACAUAUAAGGGACGCUUGCUGACCAACGACAGCAUCCUGGAGGAUGAGGGCGUGAAGCGCAUGUCCACGCUGGAGUUAUACUGGCAGCCAUUGGUGCUGACGCCCAAGCAGUAUCGCGAAAAGGAGCUGGAACUGGACAAGCUGGACCAAAAACAGCGUCACGUAUCGCGCAUUGCCGAAAACUAUGAGCAGACUGUUAAGAAGGGCGGGCACGAGCGUACACCCAGUGGACUACGCCGGACACGUGAUCAUCUGAGGGUGAAGCGUUCGCUUAGCGCGGAUGACAUGAAGCUGUCCACAAACAGUUUUAUACGGCAGCCAGAACGAAAGAUCGAGGAAUGUGUGCAGGAGGAGGAGCAGAGCUCAACAUCUUCCGACGAGCUCGACUUUCUGGCCGCCUACUGGUGUUGCUCCAAGAGUACCGUCAAGAAAAAUCGCAAGUCAACGGAUCCAAACGUGCUCAAAUACGCCGAUGUCGAUGUCGAUGUCGAUGCCGACGUCGAUGCCGAUGCCGACGUCGAUGCCGAUGCCGAUCUGAGGGCAGAUGCUAAACAACUAGAAGCCAAUUGUGACUUGAAGAGUUCCGUCUCCGGCACCGACUUUCCAUGCAACAACAACAGCAACAAGAGCAGCAAGAACAGCAAGAAGAACAACAACAACUUGCCCAAAGAUGAUGAUCUGUUGGAGGAUCUACAACGCUGUCUGAGCUUCAAGCACCAGCCAUUCCGCAACGGAUUACGCCUGGCAGCUGGCCGCAUGUCUCGUAGCAUCAUUUCCAAUAUCAGGAAGAACCAAAAGAAUUGCAAGAAAUAAAACAAACAAAAAAAAAAACAAAAAAA